GUCGGCCUACUUAUGGCAUUUUGCAUUUUGCAUUUUGUUUGUUUGAUACAUUACAUUUCCUUUCAGAUGCUACUCCCCUCUCUCUCCAGCAAAACAAAAAAACAAAAAAAUCAAUUUUUUUUUGUUGAUGAAAAUCAAAACGAUAUGUAUCGCUCAAAUUUACAAUUACCGAUCAUUCUGUAAUUAUCAUCAUUCAAAAAGAAAAUAAUAUGGUUGGAUCUAUACCCGAUUUAAUGGAUCAUAUUAAUCCAUUUCAAUCGAUGACUAAUGGUUAUAUUUCUUCAAAUAGCAGCAGCAGCAGUAAUCAUCAUUUAAAUCAUCUAAAUCAUCGUCGUUCAUCCAAAACAAUCAAAUCGAAUCAUCAUAUUGUUACUGCUGCUCAUAAUAAUAAUAAUGAUUAUUGUCAACAAAAACAAUCAAAAGAUUCAUUCCAAUUUGAUUCGAAUGGUCAUCAUCAUAAUUCAUCGAUUAAACAAUCAGUAUCAACAUCGUCUAGUCAUAGAAAAAAUCAUAAAGAAUGGCAAAAAGUUCUUUAUAAACAUCAAGGUGUUCCGGAUAAUUAUGUUCCACCAACAUUUCUUAAAGAUUUAAGAAAAAAUGUAAAUUUACGUCGUUUUCAUUUAAUGGAAAUAAUUAUUGCAGCUAGUAUUGUUACACAACAGAUAAUAUUGAUUGUUAUUCUGAUUAUGAUGUUUAUCUAUUUUGAUUCCUAUGAUCAAUAUGAUCAUAUUUUAUUUACAAUUGUUGCUUUAGUCACCAUAUUCUUGUAUUCAUUUAUAUUUAUUUCUUCGAAAUUUCAAGAAAUAAUACAGAUAAAAAGUUGUUUAAUAUUUUUAAUCGCCUGUUUUACAAUGAGUCCGGUAUUAAAAACAUUAACCGAAACAAUCAGUACGGAUACUAUUUAUGCUCAAUGUACGAUAAUGGCAUUUGUUCAUUUAGCAUUUCAUGAUUAUGGUUUGGAUGCAGCAAUGGUUAGCCAAUCAAUAUCAUUGAAUGCAAUAUUUUUCGCUUCGGUUUGUCUUGCAUCACGUUUAUCAACUACUUAUCAUGCUUUUGCUUUUCUAAUAUUUUCUACCGACCUGUUCGUAUUGAUCAGUUUAUUAUAUCAAUCAUUCGAACGACGAAUAAAAUUAUUUACAACAAUAUUAUUUACAAUUAUAACAUUAACAAUAAUUUUAUUAACAUUUGGUUUGGUUGGUUUUUUUGCCUCGAUAAUAUUCGUAUUAUUUAUUAAUCUAAUUUGUCCAUAUAUUUUUCUUCGUAUGCAAAUAUUAAAAGAUAAUAUUUAUGGUCCUUGGGAUGAAGCAAUAAUCGAUCGAAAUGCAUUAAAAUUUUCAACAAAAAAUUUUCGAAAAAUCAAUCAACUAAAUGGUUUUAUUCAUCAUAAUCAUAAUCAUCAUGAACAUCAUCAUUCAACAUUGAAAACAACAACCCAUGAAUCAUCGAAUCCAUCAUCACCAUUAUCAAGUCCAUUAAUGAUGAAUGGCUCAAAUAUAUUUAGCAAUAUUUUUACAACGACCACAACCGAUUCCUGAUAUGUUUGUUUUUUUGUUUGUUUAAUCAUUAUAUAAUCAACCCCUGUGUUGUUUUUUGUUGAUUUUUUUUGUUGU